UGUAGCUGUACUCCACUUUUUGAGUACAGCUACACGUGUAUGGAUAUUUACAGAAAGCUCUAAAUAAGGUGAUUUUAUCACCCUGUACAUCACAUGAACAGGGUGCAAACAUAUAAGCCAACGUGUUUGUUUUCACUUUAUAUUUUUUAGGAAAAUCCAAGUCUACGCAGCGUGGUUUCAUUCUCUCUAUGACUUUUAUGACGAUUAACGUUUUCCAAGGCAUGGCAGUAGUUUUAGUAUACUCAAAUCCACUCUUUAAAGAAGCAAUACCAGAAGAGAUCCUAUCAGUUGCAACCUGCAGUAUUAUAUUAGCCAUAGUAUGUGUGGUAUUUGGAAUGAUAGCAUCCUAUGUGAUCGACCGGAAUGGAAGACGGCCGCUGAUGAUCAUCUCCUCAGUAAUAGUUGGUUUGUGCCAUGUAGCUUUGGGUACACAAAUCCAUCUACGUUGGGGUCCUCCGUGGUUUACUGCGAUAUAUGUUUAUUUGCUCGCCGCAUCGUACCACUGCGGCGCCGGAACUGUACCGUAUGUUUUCACAUCUGAAGUAUUUCUGCCAGAGGUAAAGAUGGAAAUUGAUUCAAAUAUUUUGACUGUUCUGUUAAAUCUAAGUCUUUUUAGACUAUAUCUUCUGAAAGCUUAUAAUUUUAUAAUAUAAACGAAUAAAGUCGAUGGCUGGUAAAUGUCAAAAUAUUGUGAAAUUAUUAUUACUUAUAUUUUUAAUUACACUAAAUUAUACGACAAUAUAUUCAAUACUAUAAUGCUUUUUAAUACAAAGUUGGGAGAGAAAUACGCCUGUAAAAUAAAAGAAGUGAAAUUACGAAAAAUUUU